ACACACACACACACAAACUGAAGGAGGAAGAAUAAACCAUCUGCAUGCAUCUCUUUUCAUCUGACGUGUGUUUCAACACUCGUGAUGGCGAGACUGAGCGAACACGGGAUCCGGCUGAGCUCUAUGAGCCCGUCGUACCUGGAGAGCAACUCCACCAGUCACACAUGGCCCUUCAGUGCGGUCGCGGAACUCAUCGAUAAUGCAUCUGACCCAGGCGUCACAGCCAAGAAUAUCUGGAUUGAUGUUGUGACGGUCAGAGAACAAUUGUGCCUCAGUUUUAUGGACAACGGGAGUGGUAUGACGCCCAACAAACUGCACAAAAUGCUCAGCUUUGGAUUCACAGAGAAAGGCUCCAGUAAAAGCAGUCAUCAGCCCAUUGGCGUGUAUGGAAACGGGUUUAAGUCAGGUUCGAUGCGCCUGGGCCGUGAUGCUCUGAUCUUCACAAAAAAUGGCGGCUGUCAGAGCGUGGGCAUGUUGUCUCAAAGCUUCUUACAGGCUAUUAAAGCUCAGGCUGUGAUCGUACCCAUUGCCCCAUUCAACCAACAGACCAAGACGUUGGUGGUAACGGAGGAUUCAGAGGCAAGUCUGAGAGCCAUCCUGAAAUAUUCUCUCUUCCAGAGCAUCUCUGAGUUACAAGAGCAGUUGGACUCCAUUCAGGGCAAAAAAGGAACCAAGAUCCUCAUCUGGAACAUCCGCAGAAAUAAAGAUGGAAAGCCGGAGUUUGACUUCGAUACAGAUGCAGAAGACAUCCGUCUGCCGGAGAUCAGAUCAGAAGAGACACAGGCAAAAUGGAGGAGAGAUUAUUACAAGCAACGCAGAGACAGUAACGACGUCCCUGAGAUGGAGUUUUCUCUCAGAGCCUAUCUCAGUAUCCUUUACCUGAAGCCCAGGAUUCAGAUCAUUUUGAGACAGAAGAAAGUCCAGACAAAGCUGAUUGCCAAGAGUUUGUCCAUGAUUGAGAACGACGUCUAUAAACCUCAGUUCAUCAAUGAGAGAGUGAAGAUAACUUUUGGAUUCAACCAGAAAAAUAAGGAGCACUAUGGAAUUAUGAUGUACCAUAAAAACAGACUGAUAAAGGCCCAUCAGAAAGUUGGCUGCCAAAUCAAGUUGUCAGGUCAAAGGUCAGGGGUCGGGGUCAUCGGAGUAAUUGAGUGUAACUUCCUCAAGCCUGCUCAUAACAAGCAGGAUUUUGAGUACACCAAAGAGUACAGACUCACGCUAGCUGCUCUUGGUCUCAAACUGAAUGACUACUGGCGUGAAAAGAAGGAAAAGAAAGCGAAAGAAAGAGCAUUUCAAGCCUUAGAGAGGAAAAGCAAAGAUGGAGAUACUGAGGAAACAGAGGAAGAGGAUGAUGAAGAGGAGGAAGAGGAGGAGGAGGAAGAAGAAGUGGACGUGACGUGGAUUCAGUGUGAGGACUGUUUGAAAUGGAGAGGAAUCAACACUCUCCUGUUUGCUGGAAGCGUUCCCGAUCCGUUCAGAUGCUGCCUGCACCCGAUACCAUGCUUACAGAGCUGUUUGUUACCAGAGGAUACGGAUGAAAAUGCUGAAGUUAAAACACCCAGCUAUGAAAAAACACUCAAAAAACAGGAACACGCCACAACCAAGAGAAGAGGAAGAUCUCUUGAGAUGAGUAAAAGCCCAGUGCGUCCUCUCUGUCGAGGACUAUCUGAACCAGCAUCAGAGAGCAAGCAGGAUGAGGUCAACGUUAUAAUGACGACAGAUACACAGGAUGAAGGUGAGGAUGGAUUCAGAGUCGCUGUCACAGAAGAGGAAGAGUCUUCACCCUCCCCAAGAAAAAGAAGGAAAGAAACAUGCUCAGAUAUUGAAAAGGGUACUAAGUCCCCAAACCAUGCUGAAGCUCCAGACCUCCAAUCCGAGGGAGAAACCGAAACAAUGGACAAAAUGCAUGAAGGAUCGGAGACAAACACCAGCACAUCACCAGCAGCAGAUCCGGUGACUCAGGAGGACAGUAUUCAGCCAGAGGCCACGGUACUUGAGGGCUCCGUUGAGCACCAGACUUCUCAGGGGCCACAGAUGGCCAAAGAUCAGCCAAGGAUUCCCCCUCACCCUCUCACACCACACGCCUCCACAACCAUGGCUCAGACAGUGGUCGUCACUCCUCUCAGCCGGCCGGGAUUUCAGCCGGUGUCCCCAUUGUUGGCAGACGGGUCGGACCGGGCGGCUCUUGCUCAGAGACUAGCUCAGCUGGAGCGGGAAGCCAAGCGGCUAAAAAGAAUUCUGGGCAUCCGUGAGCUGGAGGUUGCCAUGGCAACAGAGGCAGAAGGGGGCGGGCCUUCUGAUGUCACCAUGGUUGAUUCAGUGUCAUGUGAGCAAAAUACGGAAAGACUGAACCCAAUGUCAAUUGAAUCAAGGAGGGAAGAGCUUUCUGUUUGUCAGAAAUCAGAGGAACAGGCAAACCGGCCACCAUCCAGUUCAUCCCCCAUCCAGCAGGAGGCAAAAACAUGUCCGAAAGACGAGCUGUACUGGAGUAAGACAUUAGUCAAACUCCAGAGUGAGAACCAGAUGCUGCUAACUGAUAUGAACGAGCUGAGAACAGAGAGAGACCAACUGCUGAACCAAGUGAGACAGACAGAGAGAGACAAUCAAGACAGGAGAGACCAGAGCACCAACACACCCAACCUCACUUACAACAGCAGUGUGACGCUGGAGAGGUUGCGGUCUAUCCGUCAGAAUGUGGUUGCAUUGUUGUCUUCCAUCCUACCGAGCCUGGAUAUGCAGGGAAUCAGCUACGACACGACUGAUGUAGACAGCAUCCUAGAGCAGAUCAUACAGGCCAACAACCUGUGAUCCUUCAGCCGCAUUACUGAGCAAUGGCUGCCUUAUCACACACAAGCAUUUGGUAUCAACAUAUAACAAAAUUCAUCUGAAACCAUACAGAAGGCAGAAGUUUGAAGGACAGAUUUAAGACUGCAAAAUUGGUGCAUGGAAAUAACAACAUUAAAAAGGUCUUUUUUUU